AUGAUUCUCGGUUCCAGCAUUGGCGCAUGGCAGGGCUCUCGAAUCCUCCCCCGCGAAGCCAAGGAAACGUGCCGCAAUGACAUGCAGUCAGAUACCUGCGAGAAACCCGCCAUGUCAACAGGCGAACUAUUAGUCGUUCUUCUCAUCGCCAGUUCUAUUGUCGUCUGCGGUAUUGUUGCCCUUUUGUGCGUCUUUCACCGUCGCAAACAACGCCUCGAUAAACUCGAAGACAUCAAAGGUGUUCAAGAACUCGAUGACUACGGCCUCGCCCCCAUCAAACCAAGGCCUGUACAACUACCCCAAGCACCACCACCGACGUAUGACAAAACGCACGAGGGAAAACCCAACGUGACGACAGAUGAAAAUUGGGAUCGGACAAAUCGAAACUCUACAGACUCGUUAACACCGUCACUUCGCCAAGCCAUGGGUCUAGAAACUACUGCGCAUGGAACGUUUUUAGCGCUGGUAGUCGAGCUACUGCAGCCUGUCGAUCACUUAUGCAUAAUCGCUAAAAAGGCGAAACGCAUCAAGAAGCUGGUCGUUUUGAGACAGGCGCUACGAAUACUUUGUGGUCAUUGCACCCGCACUUCGAACAGCUAG